AUGACAAUGAACCAGGGCCCUGGCUGCCCUGAUAUCUUCAAGCUCACACCAGACGAGUUUUCCAAACCAUGGGCCAUCUCAGUCGAUGGACUAUUUGUUUGUCUAAAGCCAGACAAAUGGUCUGAUAACUCGAUCCAUCUCCUCACAACCACGCAGGCCGACCACGUGAAGGCCCAUGGUGGCAAACUUUAUGAAUGGCAUGUGGUGCAACGGGUAGUACAUAAUACUGUUUGUUUCGGAUUUCGCAAUGCAUACAGCGGAAAGUGGCUGGGCGUCAACGAAAACGGCGAUGUUACAUGUACUGCCAGCGAGUUGAGUGACUGGGAGACAUGGCGUACUGCAGGAUAUAUAAAUAGAGAUGGGAUGAAAUUUUUCUACCUUUCCGUGUUGUUCAAAGGAAAUGACCGCUAUCUCAUACAAGCGCAGGCGGGUGAUGAGCUUCCAUUUCUCAAGCUUGCAGACAGCGAUGAGCCGGAUCCCGCCUAUAUGGUUCUCUUUCCGCCCUUGUUUGUUUGA